UAAAACAUGAAAAGAUUUAUACAGUUCAGAAUCGAAUAAAGAUAAAUAGUGAACAAUAUCUAGAACCUUAGAACUACGGCAAUAAAUAAACAAAAUUUAACAGAAUACUUCCAAUCAUGAUCUUACCGUACAAUUUCACGGCAGACGAGGUUAUUUCGGUAGGAAGAACAUCAAGAACAAACGUGGAAGCGGUAAAAUCCUCGCUAAAAAUUUGCAACGAAAGUUAUGUCCCCAAAGAGCUUCCAGACGAACUGAUCGUAGAGUUUCUUUUGGCUUGUGAGAAUGAUGUGGAAUUUGCAAAAACAACUAUUAGUGUACAUUAUAGAUUGAAAAAGGAGGAACCCCUACUUUUUGAUAAUUAUAGUGGUAUAAAUCCCGAAAUUAAAGAAUUAUUCGAUAUUUGGAGUAUAUCGACGUUACCAACAAGAACCAAAGAAAACUAUUCUAUUCAUUAUUUUCGGUUGGAAAGUUCUGACUUAAAAAAAUUCAAUAGUAUAACAGUGUUAAGAUCAGCGCUUAUGGUAGUUGAUAUCACUUUAAAUAAUAAUCCACCUGACGGAUUUAUUGUGAUAGUGGACCUUAACUUGGCAUCACUAAAUAGAAAAAGUUAUUUUGCAUGUAUGGAGGAACAAAAUAAUUGCACACACCGGAUGGAUCACGCAACACAAAGUUACGAGAUUAUAAUGAAGGCUGAAGAGUUAGCAUCAAAUAUCGAACAAAACCAAAUUAUGACAGCCCUGGGUACAGAGAUAGCUUUACAAAAAGAGGCAGGACUUAGACAUUUAACUAAAUUGAAGUAUGAUCUCAUUAAGAAGUUCUUUUGUUUUAUACAGGAAGCAUUACCUAUGCGGUUAAAGGCCAUACAUGUAUUAAAUAAUAAUUUUAUAGUAACUCAAUUCUUUAACUUGAUCAAAACGUUCGUCAAGAAUGAAGUAUUCGAAAGGAUACACUUACAUCCUUCCAAUCUAAUUAUAGAAGAGUUUUAUGAACAUGUAGCUCAAGAUUGUUUACCUAAAGAUCUAAAUGGAAAAUUACCAUAUCUGAAAGAGCUCUCCGAAAUUACCAAACAGCAAUUUAUAGAUAGACAAGAAUUUUGGAAUAUGGAAGAAAAACUAAGAAAGAAAUGUAACUAGAAAAUAGACGUCCGCUGUAUUUAACAUUCUUUUUACCAUAAACAAAAGAUAGAAUUUUUGUAGCGGAAUGGUCAAAAAAUUCAGUAGAAUAGAGUGUUGACUCAUAUAAAUUUGUGUAUUUUUGAUGAAAAUUAUUUGAAAAACACAAUAGUGAAAUCGUUUGUUCCAUAUUUUCAGUAGUAAUUAAACGCGAGCUCUAAAAUUAUCGAUUUGUAUCCCGAGUGAUUCUUUGAAAGUUUUAAUUUCAUGACCCGAAGGGGAAAACCAAUCGAUAAUUUUUAUGAGCUCGAGAGUAAUUCGGUAGGAUUAUUUCAUGAAUAAAACUGUAUUCUUAAAUCAUUUUAA